GGCACUGCGCCGGCGCGUUGCGCCGAGCGCUAAGGGGCGUGGUUUCCUUGCGCCGCGCGCAAGGCUGGGGCAAAACCCGGACCGGGAUAGGGCGUGGGGCCGCGCGUGGGGACGUCCCUCGCGUCGGGCCUGUCGGCGCCUGCGCGCUGCGCGGCCGGCUGGUGUGCUGGGGGCGGGGCGGGGGCCGGUGUAGCCUCUGUACCUAGUUGUGCCCCUGGCGCCGCCGGGUCAUCGCGCAGGUCGCCGGCGCCAUGAAGAUCUGGACAUCGGAGCACGUCUUUGAACUUUUUUUAUCCUGGGAGAAGAAGCCCUGAUCCGUGCUUUCUCCCCAUAUAAACCGGGCUGUUUGGUCAAAGUCCCAAAUGAUAAGUACACAUUUAUGGCACCCAGAUCUGUACCUUGAGCUCCAGCCUCUCCAGCUUCACUCUCUAUUUUCAGGAUGUUACUGUCUAACAACAAUAUCUAAGUCAUCAUUCUACAUCUUAUCUACUGAUUUUCCAGCACUUGCUUCCAAGGCCUCUUCUGAGGCCUACAGUUGGCAACCAGGUGAAAUCAUUCAUUGACUCCUUCAACAUACAGAGAUGCCCAGGUGAAGAAGUGGGACAGGUCAGUGAGCCAUAGCCCGGUCCUCCUGAUUCUACUUUGCCACCCAUGGGAAACUGUUACAACAGCUGCAAUGCAGAAAUACCCAAACCCUAUGAACCCAAGUGUGGUUGGAGUUGAUGUGUUGGACAGACAUAUAGAUCCCUCUGGAAAGUUGCACAGCCACAGACUUCUCAGCACAGAGUGGGGACUGCCUUCCAUCGUGAAGUCUCUUAUUGGUGCAGCAAGAACAAAAACGUAUGUGCAAGAACAUUCUGUAGUUGAUCCUGUACAGAAAACAAUGGAACUUAAAUCUACUAAUAUUUCAUUUACAAAUAUGGUUUCAGUAGAUGAGAGACUUAUAUACAAACCACAUCCUCAGGACCCAGAAAAAACUGUUUUGACUCAAGAAGCUAUAAUCACUGUGAAAGGAGUUAGCCUCAGCAGUUACCUUGAAGGAUUGAUGGCAAGUACGAUAUCCUCCAAUGCUAGUAAAGGCCGAGAAGCAAUGGAAUGGGUAAUACACAAAUUAAAUGCUGAGAUUGAAGAACUUACAGCCUCAGCAAGAGGAAGCAUACGGACUCCAAUGGCUGCAGCAGCAUUUGCAGAGAAGUGAUAGUGAAAGUUGGUAGGCAACGUCGGGUACUCCAGUUCUCUCCAAGCUGACUAUAUAUUUAUUUGUUAUUUAAAAAAUUCAACUAUAUUUUAGGUAAUUUUUUUUUAAGUUGGUAUAAGGCUAUGACUUGAUCAAAACAGAUGCAGGGCCUGUAAAUAAAAGGAAUCAUCUGAAAUUAAUGUUGUUUGAAAUUAACUGUCUCAUUUUGAGGGUUCCAGUAUUUCUGUGAAAAUUCAACAAGAAUUCCUUGGAAAUGAGUAUUGAUAUUGAAUCUUCUUAAGGUAGGAUUUUCAAGUUUUUCAUACACUGGAACUCCACGUGACUUUGGACCAACCCCAGAACAAAGCAGAGCCCAGUGCCCUGCCUACUGUACACUUGAACAGCUUGCACAAGGGAACUCACCUAAAAGGAGAAAUUGUGUAGUUUUAAAAUAUAUUUUGUGUAAAAUAACUUGCUCUGCUAUAAACCACCAUUAAAAACCAAUGUUUUGAUUUGGUACUUAAUAUUUUUGGAGUGAAAAUUAUCACUAAAGUAACAUGACUCCAACAGAAGUAUGGUUUCAUUAUAUUAAAGAGUACUGUAUUGAUUUGCCAAAGUUUUGUAACUUAGUAAAGGUAUUAACUUCCUUGGAUUUGUACUUUAUGAUUUAGUAUGCUGUACCGUGGGCUGGUUAUGUUAACUGAAAAAAAUAAAGUCAUUACCUGA